GCGGAGCCGGUGCAGAGCGAGGCGGAGGCCGAGGCCUGGCUGCGCUCCUACGGCUACCUGCCCGCCGCCCCCCGGCAGCCCUCCACCCUGCGCGCCGCCCGGAGCCUGGCGACCGCCCUGGCCGAGAUGCAGGCCUUCUACGGCAUCCCGGUGACCGGCCUGCUGGACCAGGAGACGCGAGCGUGGAUGAAGCGUCCCCGCUGUGGCGUCCCUGAUAAAAUUGGGGCUCAGGUCAAAGCCAACAUGCGGCGGAAGCGAUACGCACUGACUGGGCGGAAGUGGAACCAGGCGCACCUGACUUUCAGCAUCCAGAACUAUACGGAGAAACUGGGGUUCUUCCAUUCCUACGACGCCAUUCGCCAGGCUAUCCAUGUGUGGAACCAAGUGACCCCGCUGGUCUUCCAGGAGAUCCCCUACAAUGAAAUCAGACAGAAGAGGAGAGCAGAGGCAGACAUCAUGGUGCUCUUCGCCUCAGGGUUCCACGGGGACAGUUCCCCCUUUGACGGCACGGGGGGCUUCCUGGCACAUGCCUAUUUCCCCGGUCCUGGGAUGGGAGGAGAUGCUCAUUUUGACUUGGAUGAGCCCUGGACGCUGGACAAGAGGGACAUGUUGGGGAACAAUCUCUUCCUGGUGGCCAUCCAUGAGCUGGGCCAUUCCUUAGGCCUGGAGCACUCCAGCAAUCCCAGUGCCAUCAUGGCUCCCUUCUACCAGUGGAUGGACACAGACAACUUCAGGUUGCCAGAAGAUGACCUUCGGGGCAUCCAGCAGCUGUAUGGGACGCCAGGACAGCAGCCCACCAAAUCCCUGCCGACUGUGAUGCCCCGGAAGCCAGACCGGAAGCCCCCAGACAAGCCAAACCGCCCCCCCCAGCCUGGCCUCCCUGACCAUCUGGAGCCCAACAUCUGCGAUGGCGACUUUGACACAGUGACGGUUCUGCGUGGAGAGAUGUUCAUCUUCAAGGGCCGCUGGUUUUGGCGGGUCCGGCAUAACCGGGUGCUGGACAACUACCCCAUGCCCAUCGGGUACUUUUGGAGGGGACUUCCUGGGAACAUCGACGCCGCCUACGAGAGGCAAGAUGGACGGUUUGCCUUCUUUAAAGGCAGUCAGUACUGGCUCUUCCGAGAGGCAAACCUGGAAGCCGGCUACCCGCAGCCCCUGAGCAGCUAUGGGCUGGGCCUUCCUCACGACAGAGUGGAUGCUGCGGUGUGGUGGGAGCCCACGGGACACACCUUCUUCUUCCGAGGAGACAGGUACUGGCGCUUUGACGAGGACGGGAGCUCUGUGGGCCAUGGCUAUCCAAGGAAGCUCAGCAUCUGGGCGGGGGUCCCUGCUGCCCCCAGGGGUGCCUUCCUCAGCCCCGAUGCCGCUUACACAUAUUUCUAUAAGGGCAGGUUGUACUGGAAGUUUGACAACGAGCGGCUGAAAACGGAGCCCGGCUACCCCAAGUCCAUCCUGCGGGACUUCAUGGGCUGCCAGGAGGAGGUGCCUGUGGAGCCGGACCCCGGCCAUCGCUGGCCUGACACGGGAAGGCCCCCUUUCCAGCCCCGGCAGGACAAGGAAACGGAGGAAGCCGCUGCAGCCCCCCACCCUGGCCCAGAGGAAGAGGAGGAAUCUGCCGUGGAGAAGGAGAGUGGGGGGCAGGGGGGAGGGGACGUGGACAUUGUGGUGCACAUCAACGAUUACCCGCUGACGGUGAGCAUCGUCAUGGCGGUGGUGCUGCUCUUUCUGCUGCUCUGCGUCCUGGGCCUGGUCUAUGUCAUCGUGCAGCUGCAGCGGAAGGGCCAGCCCCGCAUGCUGCUCUACUGCAAGCGGUCCUUGCAGGAGUGGGUCUGAAGCCGGAGAGCUGCUGUGGGGCAGGGGCAGGAAAAGGCUCCUCUCCUUCUGCACCCUCCUGGUGACACGGCUGCCUGGCUGGGGGGCACCCUGGGGCUUGCACAGACUCUGACCCGUGGCAGGGAAGGUUCAGGGCCCCCGUAUGGGGCUGCAGCCCAGUGCUGAUGCUGAAGGCUGAGCCACUUCUGGCCGGAGGGAUUGUUGGGUCAAGCAAGGAGAAGAGAGGCACCCGGCCAAGCGUAGCUUUUUCCUAAGUUGCUGUUGGAGAUGAAUCCUGUAGCUCCGAGAUCCUCCAUCCAUGGGGAUCCAGGGGCUGGCUUCACUGUUUGGGAUCCGUAGAUCUUCUGCAUGUGCUCCAGAGACACGUUUGGAUUUGCUGGAGGCAGGGAGACCCCCUCGUGCAUUUGCAGCAGCUGGUCUUGGCCAGCAGUGGGCAUCGUCAGUGGCUGGUUGGCCAAAGGUGGAGGGAGGGGCUGACAUCCUGAAAACCUUGAUGUAUUUUUGUACAUUCUUUUUUCCAGAGCCUCUUUGGUUACAAAGCUAAGCGUGGUAUUUCUUUCUACUGCAAUAAUAUUUCUAUUCCUACUGAUAUUUACUUCUGCUUGAACCCCCUGGAGGUUCAAGGCUCAGGCUGAAGAGAGGCUUCGGCCAAGGUCCGAUUGGGUGACCACUGACCACCCAGCUCUAGGCCCCCUUUCUGCUUUCCCCUGGUCUCCCUGCUCCGUGGUUCUCUGGAGUUGCUCCUUGGUCUGCCCCAGGCCAGGCCCACUGCUGGCUUCUUCACUCUGACUUGUACCCUUGGGAGGUGCCAGAUGCAGCUCUCCAUGAGGAGGGGUCUUUGGGUCCAUCCUGAGGGCAGCCAUCCAGCAAACCAGGAAGAGGGGAGGGUGAGAGAAAAAGGAUCCUUUUCCUGGAUCUGUUAGCCUUCAAUCCCUGUUCAGGGACUUGAAUGGCCACCGAAUCCACUUGAAGCAAGGAAACACUGACCACCCUUCUUUGGGGGAGGGGAGGAGGUCCCUGGACAGCGGCAGAUGGAAGGAACUGCCUGCCCAGCAUAUUCUACAUGGGGGGAGGGGCCUGAUGGGCUUCCUGUCAAAUAUGAGACCUUUGUGGGCGCAGGUCAGCCAGGUUGCAGCUGCCGAAAGAAUUUCUGAGCCCCACCCAGACUUCCUCCGGCUGUGUUGCAUUUCUCUGCCCAUCUGGCCAUCCACACACAAGCCACCCCUUGCCUGCCUCCUGUGCCCGCUUACGGCUGGUCUUUAGGGAGGAGGCCAGGCUGCCUUGGCUGCCCUGACAAGCCAUGCCCGGCUGUUUCCCCCCUCCCUCCCUCCCUUUCUUCUGCCGCCCAACAUCCCCAGGAGCCUCCUGUUAAAGGCCAAGGGCCUCUCACAGCCUCUUCCCCCACCCUCUCUGAGGGCUGCCAAUUGAUCUGCUGCGGUUGGUGUUUGACGCAUUAGGGAGAGCAGCCAGGUUGAGGAGAAGCAUUUUCUGUGCACUGAAUCCGGCAGCUUGUCUGCUGAUUGGGGAGGCUGGAAGAACCGAUCCAUGUAACACGCAUAGACACGCAAAAACAUGCAAAUGGUCAUCAUCCACAGGCUGUCAAUAAAAGUCAUUUCUGCUGAU